CUUCGAUCAACAAAACGGAAGUGUGGGUCGCUCGCGUUUGGUCGCAGAAAGGUGGGGCACUUCAGGUUUGGCUGUGGUGGAGCCGUCCCAAAAUGCUGCCGAAAACCCAUGCAUCCUUCCGUUUAUUAGCCACUGCAACGCUGGAACCGCCGGCCCACCGUCAUCGAUGAAGGGUCCUAUCGAACCGCCACAUGGUCCAGCACUCAAGGGCAACCCAAGUUCAGACCAAAAGUAAGGCAACAUGGCAUCCAGUAUCGUGACCUCCCACUGUAUAAAGCAAAUGGAUUCUCCCACCGACGUCUUGCGGUUCUUUCUUCCUGUUCCCCAAACAAGUUACUCGCUUUUCCACCUUCUGCCAUCCAAGUCAAAGCACCUUUGUGGCAACACCGCAAACAACACACAGCCUCAACAUACACACACCUAAAAGCGGUUAUCAAUCCGCUCCUACCAUUCCAGAACUUCCAUUCUUCAAUUUACAACCACACCUCAUCGAGAUGGCGAGGAAUUGCCCAAAGAAGGCCGUCCACUUCGGUGCUGGCAACAUCGGUCGCGGUUUUGUCGCCUGUUUCCUUCACAACUCAGGUUAUGAGGUCAUCUUUUCGGAGGUCAACGACACAACUGUGUCGAAGCUGAACACCCAGAAGAGCUACCGGGUGAUUGAAGUCGGGACCGACGGCACGUCGGAGACAACCAUUACAAACUACCGCGCCAUCAACUCAAGGACACACGAAGCUGAGCUGGUGCGGGAAAUUGCCACUGCCGACCUAGUUACCUGCUCCGUCGGCCCUCACAUCCUCAAGUUUAUUGCCCCGGUCAUCGCCAAGGGAAUUAAUGCGCGAUCAACGGAUCUGACACCUGUCGCCGUCAUUGCCUGCGAGAAUGCUAUCGGCGCCACCGACACACUUGCCGAAUUCAUCAAGGCGCCCGAGAACACAAACCCUGAGCGGCUCGCUGAUUACGACAAGCGUGCGCGGUUCGCCAACUCGGCCAUUGACCGCAUCGUUCCGGCUCAAGAUCCCGAUGCCGGCCUGGAUGUGAAGUUGGAGAAGUUCUACGAGUGGGUCGUUGACCGCACCCCGUUUGCCGACCACUCGCCACCGGACAUCAAGGGCAUCAAGUGGGUGGACAAUUUGCAGCCCUACAUCGAGCGCAAGCUGUACACGGUGAACACGGGCCACGCCACUGCCGCGUACCACGGCUACGUCAGGCGGAAGAGCACCGUCUAUGAUGCGCUGAAGGACCGCGAGAUCGCCGAGGAAGUGAAGAAGGCCCUCGCGAACACGGCCGACCUUAUCACGGAGAAGCACGGCAUCCCGCAGGAGGAGCAGAAGGCGUACGUUGACAAGAUCGUCAGCCGCAUCAGCAAUCCGCAUCUCGAGGAUGCCGUCGAGCGGGUCGGUCGCGCACCGCUGCGCAAGCUUAGCCGCAAGGAGCGCUUCAUCGGCCCGGCCGCCGAGCUGGCCGAGAACGGCAAGGAUUGCAGUGCACUGCUGGACGCGGCCGAGAUGGCGUUCCGCUUCCAGAACGUCGAGGGCGACGAUGAGUCCUUCCAACUGGCCGAGAUCAUGUCGAAGAACGAACCUGAGCAGGUCGUCCGCCAGGUCUGCGGUCUGCAACCCACCGAUAAGCUCUUCCCCCAGGUCGUCGAGGUCGUUAAGAAAGUCCAAUCCGACGCCAUGUCCGAGUAAGGUGGUACUGCAGCGCAUGCAGUUGACGGUGUGAUUUCUUCAGUUUGGUUUCCGUUGGGCAAUGCGGGGGUUCCGGGUCGUUUUGGGAUUUAGCCUGCACCUCCCCAGUGGGGUGGACGUGGAUUGGUUACGUAGCGACGGCGAGGAGGCGCAUGGUCCUGGCGUUUACUUUGGUUUAACUCGUCUUUUUCCGGAUUCAGGGUCCAAGUUCAUUUGGGAUGGAGACACAGAUGCGAGCAUGGGAAUGGGAAGGAUGAUAGAUUGGGAUUCAUGGUCUCUCUGGAGUAGAUAAACGGUAGCUUUCGCGUUCUACGCUCACCUGGAUAGACGAACAAUGGAGUGUUCAAUCCCACAAGCCGCUGGCCCCUU